GUGGUUCUAAUGUGGCUGAUUUAUAAAAGUGGUGUGUUUAAUUCGUACUGGGAAGUCAGAAUUUCCAAGUUCCAGGUCGAGAAAUCUUUGAGGUCGAGGUUGGUCAAGAACCUCCCGAUUCUCCCUGUUGGAAUUCCUGCUUUUAUGUGAGCGUUCCAGUAGAUAUWUUUUUUUUUUCCAUUGGUAGAACCUGGAGCUCGUAAGUUUCGAUAUCCAAGUAAAAGCGCAACUUCAAUUGAGAGUUCCGACUUCCGAGGCACAUUGAACGCAGCAUAAGUUUCGAUUCCAGCAAAGGAAGUGUAGAGAAACGAAAGUUACCCUGAAGCUGACGGAGGAUGUUUACUGGAGCUCAGCUGACAUCUCUUCAGCUUCACAGGAAACAGCUGGACCUCCCGGUGGUUCUGUGAAGCGGGAACACGGAGCAGAACCGUCCUGACACCCGGGUUCGAACCUGUGUUCUGCUCUUUAAAGCGACUCUGAGAAGUGAUGUCUGCUGGGUCAUGCAGUUAUUAUUCCAAACUGUGGCUCAGAAACUCACAGUUCGGAAUGAGAGGCCUAACCAACUACAGUCUCUCCUGCUGUGUCAACUCUUUACUGCAGACCCUCUCUGCUACCUGGGAACUAGCAGACAUAUUAGAAAAGUGGGCCACAGCUGAUCUGAAGCUGGACGGUCGUAACGUCCCCCUGCAGCUGAAGAAGGUUCUGGCGGCCAUGCGGAGCGACCUCCCUCAGCCCGCUCCACAUCGAGACUUCCUCAACUGUCUGGACCGAAACUACAUCCGACUGAACAUACAACACGACGCCGAUGAGGUUUUCCUCUCUAUCCUGAACCUGCUCCAGCAGCAAGUGAACGACAAAGAUCUGGCUCUUGAGAUCCAGAAUCUGUAUAAGAUUUCUGUGGAGACCCAGCUGCAGUGUUUGGAGUGUAACACUGUUCAGACUCGGAGCACCUACCUCGUCAGCCUGCCUUUACACAUAAAGGAAGAUCACAACUCACUGGAAAACUGCAUGGUUUCAUUCUUUGAGCAUCAGGAGCUGAAAGGAGCAAACAGCUGCUUUUGUUCUCGGUGUGGAACCAGGACGCCUUCUAGACAGGGUGUCAAGCUCCACUCUCUGCCUCAAAUCUUGUGCAUUCAGCUGAAACGCUUCAGAAACACGUCGGGUUCCACCCGAAAACUGGACUGCACGGUCACCUUCCCGGAAACCUUUAACUUUUCUACGUUUCUGCAGGACGCCUUCUCUGCAAACUUUUCUCAGGGUGACUGUAGGUACAGUUUGUAUGCAGUGGUGGUUCACUGUGGCUGUGCCGGGUCGGGACACUACACCGCCUACGUUCGUAACAGAUUGAGCGAGCAGUGGUACUAUGCAGAUGACAGCCAUGUACAGCAGUGUUGUUGGAAAGAUGUGGAGGAAACAUAUGGAGGCCGUUACAGAGCCACAGCGUACAUGUUGAUGUACAGAAGAGAAGGAACAACAACCUGAACGCUGCGGCUGACUGGGUGGAUAAAGCGGGAGACAAAUGCAACUUAGGAAAAAUGGGAACUUUUAUGCUCUUGAGAUAUUUAUUGUUAUAUUUUCCUUUUUGUGUUUCUAAAGAAUUAUAUAAUCAUUAUGUUUUUAGGACUUCAUGAACCAGCUGAGCAGUUUGUAUAAAACACCAGCAGGUGGUGGUCAAGCCUUGAAUCAUGAAAGGUUUUCCCUCGUCGGACCACACACACACACUGAACACAUGCUUAGUUUGCUGACAUUUUUGCACAUAUAUAGAUUUUAAUUAUAAAAAACGAGCAUAUAUAUAUUUUAAUGGGAACAAUCGGUUUAUUUUAUCCAUGUUUUUUUCCCCAAACAAUAUUAAUAAAAACAAAAGUUUAACAAAUGAAACCCGUUUAAGUUUUGGUGCAGUUUGUCGCUCCACAGCCCAUCAGCAGCUCUGAACUUCCCACUCGUUUUUCCAAGAGUCGUGGAGGUGGGGGGCGUGUGAAAGGGUUUCUAUGUGCCGCGGCACGCCGACUGAACGGAACAGGUCCGCACGGGGCCAGAGGCUGAGGAGCGCAAACCCUGGAGGUGGAUCUUCUCGCACUCGGGGGGCCUCUAAAAGAGACACUGGUCUCUGUCGGCGUCACAGACACGCUCCUCUGUCUCUGGACACUGGGGACGGUUGUGAAGCUUCAAAGAACCAAUGCGCUCAAAACGCUGAGUAAUUUGGAUUUCCAUGCUGCCUGUUUUUAUCUGUCGAAGAAAUCCUCUUCCGGAUGACAUCAUGCAGACGUUAACAAUGGAUCAGUUGUGUAAACAAAAGGUCAUAAGUUGGUGAUGAGCAUCUGGUGCUAAUGAAAAGUUUUAUUCAUAAAAAAAGUUGUUUACCAACGAGGUCCCUAGUUAAAAUAUGACAUUUGUUUCUAUUUUAUUAGUUCUUAAUAUGGAAAUUGGAAAAUAUGGUUUUCAUACUGAAUAUUAAAAAAAAUUGAACUAAUAUAAUUCACCUUUUGCAUUUUAUUAAUAUUAAUUAGAACUUCAAAGCUACUUUGAACUAGUAAAACAUUAAGAUGAUGCUGAAAUCUAUCAAACAGCACAGCUUCACUCUGAUAUUGGUAUGCUUUUCAGAAAUGUAGGUAUGCAGUCGAUGUAAACAAAUAACUCUGCUUAAUCUGCCGACAUCCAAGAGGAAGCAGGAGUGAUUGACUGUAUUAGGCGUACUGUAUGUUGUGUUGGUAACGGGUUAACGUUUAGAUGGAGAUGUGAGUGAAUCGUCUGCGAAACACAAAAUGAGUACAACUGUUCAUAAAUAUAAAAACAGAGUUUAAUCGAUAGUUUAAAAAAUACGUAUUUUCAACAAAUCUGACCAUAAAUAUGCACCGAUGAGAUUAAAAAAAUUCAGCGUUUUUGUAGCCUACUUAAAACACGUGGUCAUUUGCAUCUGGUCACAAGAACACAUCAAGUACCUUUAAGUCGCAUAACACCUUUUAUUUCCAACAUAUCUGAGAAAUAACGUUUGUGUUCAUGAUGUUCUGCUGCUUACAUUUAGAUUGAGUCAAAAAUGUUGAUAAUUGUAACCAUUCAUAGGCUCCACUUCAGCUGCCUACAGAAUUCAAAUAAUGUUUAAUGUGUCACGUAAGCAUACAGUUCUCUGAAACAGGCCAUUCUGUUGAAGCAGUUAAUGUUUAAGCUUUUGCUUUAAUGCUGUACCUACACAAGGUUGGAAAAAUGUGACUAAUACUGUUGUGUGAGUUCAGACAUAUACCUGGAUUUGCUUAAUGAGGUGAAGUCAAUUUUAAUUUGUUUUUGUUCUGAAUGAAGUUUGAGUGUAAUGUGUGGAUCAAAGCUGUAAAUACACCUCCUUUUGUUUCCCAA